GUCCCCUAUCAAGAUGAAGCUGCUCUUGCUGUGUCUGGGGCUGAGUCUGGUCUGUGCCCAGCUGGAAGGAAAACAUGCUGUUGUGAACAAAAACUUUGAUUUGUCAAAGAUUUUAGGGGAAUGGUAUUCCAUUCUCUUGGCCUCAGACAGGAGAGAACAGAUAGAAGAAAAUGGUGACAUGAGGGUUUUUGUGAAAGACACACAUGUCUUGGCCAACUCUUCUCUGAUCUAUAAAUUUCACAAAAUUAUAAAUGGAGAAUGUACUGAAAUUUUUUUGACGUCUGAUGAAACAGAAGAGGAAGGUGUAUACAAUUUUAUCUAUAAUGGAAAUAAUACAUUUCACAUCAUUGAAACUGACUAUGUUACAUACAUUAUUUAUGUACUCAAUAUCAACAGUGGGACAGAAUACAAAGUGAUGGAGCUCUAUGGUAGAGUAUUGUCAUGCUGGCACUCACCUUGGGGUGAGGAGUCAGGGGAGGAAGGAACCCUGGAGACAAAACUGCAGCUUGAGCCCCUGGCCAGUACCAUCCAUUCCCCGAGCCAUCUCGACCCUGCCCCACUCACGUGCCUCACAGACAGUGGGGGCUGCGGAGGGCGCUGUCGCCCGUGCCCACCACCCUCCCCAGGGGCUGAUCAGGUCCCCCAGCCCAGGCCCGCCAAGUUGAAGCACGUAAUCAGUGUCCCGCAAAAACUCAAGCACAAGUUUGUGAAACUUUGCCAAAAACAUGGAAUUGUUAAGGAAAACGUAAUUGAUCUGACCAAAGUUGGUAAGUUCAACUAUCUCUCACUUUCUUUUCCUACUUCCCAUCUUAUUGAAGGGAAAAAUCUGAGGGACAGUAAUGCCUCUGUUCAUUCCCCUUUGUUCUGACCCAGAGAAUCAUCUGGUUUCUCUCUGGGAAGCGAACUGGGGUUGGUGUCUGACUGUGUUCUGCUCUGCCUCUACAGAUCGCUGUCUCAGUGCCUGAAGUAAAGGAGAUGCCCCAGCUUCCAGUGCUGAGUGAAUGCUUCCUCACCUGGGCUCCAAGAUCUUCCUUUCCAUGGUCUCUGUGUCAUCUCGUGAUAAAUUCUGGGACCUGAUUUCCAACACUGUUGCACAUAAAGGCGUGAUCCCUGCAUCUUCAGGAUCUUCCCUAAUUGCCUAGGAAGAUUCAUCAAUUCACUCAGAAUCAAAGGUUUUCUCUGAAUUUCUGAUUCUCUUUGCAUUUGCCCCACCCAGGGGAACUCUGCCAUGACUAUGUCCUUCCUCUAACUGGUCAAUAAAUGAUUAACCUUGC